AUGAGAACUGGGACUCCCAGCUACCUGUUCCUCCAAAAGUUUGUUGCAGCAAUGAAGCUAGAGCAAAAUUCAGUUCUGAGGGGGCGCCAGUCACGGCCAGGGCUCCGCGGUUGGGUUUGGAUGGGCUCAGGGCGGGAUUUUGGCGUGAUGGGUGAAGAGGGACCUUGGGACAGGGUUCGCAGUGCCGGCGAGGCGGCCCGCGGUGGAGAUUGA